GUCCUGUCAGUUUCCCUAUCUUAAAGUGGCAGGUUUGGCUCAGAAACUCCCGUGUCCCUCAGCGUCUCGCCGGCACCCUCUGCCGGCGUGAGGUGGCGCUGCCUGGCCGCAUCCUGUGGGAGCGUCUACAUCCUCGCUCUACAAAAGGAGCGUGGACACUCUCGGACCUGGGAAAGUGAAGGCCCAAAGGCCAGGGAGGAGCCGGGACCUCACCCUGAGCAAGCGGGAGGUAACGGCGGGGAGUCCUGGGGCGGAGACCGAUCGCUGGGGGCGUGGUCUCCAGCGGGGCUGGGCCUCUAGCGGGAGUGGGGGCGGGGACGGGGCCAGCCUGCAGGCCCAGACGUGGCGCAGCGACUGGGAGGUUCGCCUCCAGCUUGCGCAUCACCUGCAGUCGGGUCCCGAUGAGCCUCCUGUUGCCUCCGCUGGCGCUGCUGCUGCUUCUCGCGGCGCUUGUAGCCCCAGCCACAGCCGCCACUGCCUACCGGCCGGAUUGGAAUCGUCUGAGCGGCCUGACCCGCGCCCGGGUAGAGACCUGUGGGGGAUGACAGCUGAACCGCCUAAAGGAGGUGAAGGCUUUCGUCACCCAGGACAUUCCAUUCUAUCACAACCUGGUGAUGAAACACCUCCCUGGGGCCGACCCUGAGCUCGUGCUGCUGGGCCGCCGCUACGAGGAACUGGAGCGCAUACCGCUCAGUGAAAUGACCCGCGAAGAGAUCAACACGCUGGUGCUGGAGCUCGGCUUCUACCGCAAGGCGGCGCCCGACGCGCAGGUGCCCCCCGAGUACGUGUGGGCGCCCGCUAGGCCCCCGGAGGAAACUUCGGACCGCGCCGACCUGUAGGUCCGGGGGCGUGGCGGAGCUGGGACCACCCUGCCUGAGUCCUGGAGACAGAAUGAAGCGCUCAGCAUCCCGGGAAUACCUCUCUUGCUGAGGGCCGAUGCCCAGUCCCCGGGCCAGCAGGGAUGAAAGGUUCUCCCAACCCCACUUUCUUCCCUCCCCAGCGCCACUAAAUUUCCUCCUGCCUUAACUGAG